AGAAGAUUGAUUGGAUCAUCAGAUCUAAAGGUCGAGUAUGUUGUUUCUAAGUUAUGUGGGGAGGGCUGCCUAUUCUGGAAUAUUGGCAUUUAUGGAAAGUGCGUUGUGAUUCUGUGAAUUCCGUUGGGGUUCUGCUGGCUCCUGCCCAUCGGAGCCCGAAGAGGUGGCACAUGACUGGCGACAUAAGUACUUCAGCGUGCUCAAGUCUGGCUCCAGAACUCUGAGUUAGCCGACACCGGGUUCAUUCGAACAUCUGCUGCUGCGCAUGGACAUGUGACGAGAGGUCGGUUUCUGGCGGCGAUUAUCAUCGGCUUUAAGGGACAGCUUCGGCCGAUUGGUGAGAUUGGAGAGACAACGCUCGAUGUCAGUUAGAUAUCCCUGAUCUCGAGGUAUGGGACGAGGGGGUCUGCCACGAGGCUGGCAGGAGAAUAUUAUAAAAGCAGGAUGCACAGGGGAUCCACGUGUGUCAAUGGAAUGAGGGGUGUCAACUUCGGGGUGCCGGUCCGAGACCGAACCGGGAUCUGAUGGAACAACGACGACAUAACAUACUCACAGGAGCCGCUGCUUUCCCCAAUCAUCAACUCAGGGCUCAGCUUCGGACUGCAGCUGCCCUGCCUCCCUUCGUCUCCCGCCGCCAUCUUCUGCACAUCGCCCCGUCUCUCUGCGCUCCAUGGGUCGGAGGAAAAUCGAGAUUCAGCCUAUCACGCACGAGCGGAACCGUUCGGUGACCUUUUUAAAGCGCAAAAACGGGCUCUUCAAGAAAGCGUACGAGCUCGGGGUGCUCUGUUCGGUGGACGUCGCUGUGAUCAUAUUCGAGGAUCGUCCUGGCAGUCAGAAGCUGUUCGAGUACUCGUCCAAGGAUAUCCGGGACAUCGUCGCCAGGCACGCUGAGUUUGACGGCGAACGAGAUUCCCGAGGGUCGGGCGAUUUCUCCGGUGCAGGUGGAAAGGCGGACGAUGCGAUCGGCGAGGAUGACGAGGACGGGGACGACGAACCGCUGCCGCCACCUCCACCGCCCCCUGCGGCAAAGAGGAUAAAAGGGAAGACCCCCGCGAGGGGCGAUGUUGCGGACUCACGGACAGCACCACCGCCCCCGCCAGCCGCAGCACCCAAUGCCUCGCGUGCGAAACCGGCGCCAGAGAGGCAUCCCCCGCGAGGAGGAUCUCCGCCGCACAAGAAGCAGAAAGUGCCGCAGGGCAGCCGGAGCAUGAAGACGCUCUCAUCAGACGAAGAAGAAUACGAGGACAGCCCUACAAGCUUCCAUCCCCCACCGACAUCAGCCAUGUCGGCGGCCAUCCCCAAUCUCCCCUUCGACUUCCCCCCUCCGCCGCCCCCCCACUAUCGCGGUUCGUACGCGCCACCGCCAGCCCAAAGCGGCGGCUACUAUCCCCCGAUAUUCGAUGCGCCGCCGUAUCGCGCGCCGUACGAUAUGUACCAGCAGCCGCGGCUGGAUAGCCAGCCGUUCGGGAUGGACUGGCCGGUGCAUGGGAACGGUCACAGCCACGGGCACGGGCACGGCCACAACACGAGCGCGAACAACAGUGGGCAGCACCACCAGCAGGGUGCGUCCUCCUGGCAUAUCGAUCGUUUCAUACAUUCAAUCAUGCACCCCGACCCCGCCACACCCCACUCCCCUAUCCCGCUUCCUGCGAAUCUGCACCCGCUGCUGCACUCUGCGGACACGCCCAUGCCCAUGCGCGGCCCCCCGACGCCCAAAUCGCCGGACGCAUCUGAUGCUCUGCUGCUGCCCCCGUUGUCGCUGUCCGACCCGCUGCCGACGGACGAACGGACGCGUGCGCGUGCGCUCAAACGGCAACUGCUCGAUGUGGACCCCGAUCUGAAACGCGCGCUCAUCCGCGAACUCAUGGACUCUGACGACCCGCCGCCGCCGGUGAAUCCGAAUCCGAAUCCGAAUCUGAACCUGAAUUUGAAUUUGAAUAUGAAUCCUAACCACAACAUGGAUACCGCUGCUGCUGCUGCUGCUGCUGUGCCAGGAAUGACAGGCGACAGCUGGAUCGACUACAUCUCGCCGCUGCCGCCGCCCUCGAUGGGCAGCGGGCCAUACGGCAGAGAGUCAUCGACGUCCUGGGAGCGCAACGGGCCUGCUAUCUCGAAAGGACGGGGUGACGCGCACCGGGUUCCCAGCAGUGCCGGAAGCCGGUCGGACAGCGAUGCGCGAGAUUGAAUACUUGCUACCUGCCUAGUGCCUACUGCUACUUACUACCUCCGACUGACUGACCUGACAUGACGCUGCUUUUUGUUUUGUUUGUUUUGCAUGUAUACUGACUGGCUCGCGUGAACGAAUGACAUACAUAUGCUGAGUGGAGAGCGCGUGCUGAAUUUGGGUUGCUGGUAGAGAUACCAAGUCGGAUCCGGAAUCCCACUUUGACCUUCUGGGAAGGUAAGUUACAAAACACGGAGCAAGGUCUCAGAGGCGGUCUGAUUGACGAGAAACACUCCAGACUAUUGAACAGAAACUCUCAACCUCAUUUCCGAGCGAAAUAGGACCAGGCCCUGGCAGCUCAAGCAUCCCAAGAUAGCCGGGGCAGCGAUCCACUUUCGCACUCCACAAGACAACCUAUCAUCGACUUCCACGUCGCAGUGUCCUCCAUCCCCAUAUCCCUAAUUCUCAUGCGGUCAAUGUCCCAGUGCAUCCUUUCCCCGUGGUGCAGGUGCAGGUGCAGGUGCCCUGCCAGUCCAGUCGCGAGGCCCCGUGCACCACUGGCAGCCCAGCCAGCCGACUGGACAGUCAUCAGCUGCACGGGCGGGCCUCUGUCAUGGAUGAGAACCUGUCGUUUCUCCAGGACAGGUCAUUCCAUUGCGCUCGUUGUGGCCCCGCAGACGCCGCCAGGAUCGGCCAUAUGCAGGCAGCGGAACGCGAUUACGGGAAAGCUAUUGAGCGCCGCGCCGCGCGCUUCGGUGGGGAUCGGAUGGAUACGUACUUGAGGAGUCGGUAUGGGGCACAGCGGACGAUACGCGCUCUACAGGCCUGGGAAGGUUCGAAGCAAUGUUGAGGGCCGCUGGGACGCGAAGCAGUGGUUCUCCUGUCCUCAGGCCGAUACCGAUUCUUUCGUGGUCGGCGCAGCUGCAGACGACAUUCGAAGCUGUUCGCCGGCACUCGUUUCCUACGCCCAAUGGCUCCCCAGGUAUCUGAGAUCAGAGCCGCCCGGGAGAGCGAGGUGACACCCGUUCCUUACGUCGUGUUGUCUGAGUCCGGUCGUUCGUCAGAGCAAGAGCAAGCAAGUGUUUGUCGGAUCGUCUUUGCCGAACGAGCGCGAUACCAGCGUCCACAGGUGACGAUGUGCGCGACAGGUAGGUCUCUUGUAUGAGCAAUGCGUCGACAUUUACAGUUUUAUGGGGCGCCAUUCGAUGUCCUUGGAAGCUGGGAACACGAUACCCACUAGUCAAGUUCCGUACCAAGGCACGCUCUGUGAUGGCAGCGCGGCGACUGUUUGUGCAUGCACACAUCUGAAGGCCUUGAUUUACGGGGUCAUCGUGUGGAGAACGGGCUACUCGAACCUACAAGGGAUGCCGUGUCGUCACAGAGUCCACAGUAUCGCCGUGUCCACGGCACACACAAACGUUGCACCCGAUCGACACAGCCACCGGAUCAUUCAACAACCAAAUCCGAGUCCCAAUGUAUAUUUAUGCCCCACCGACCGACUCCCAUGUUGCAAGUUACGGCCGCUGUCAGGUAUAUGCCGCGUCUACGCCGCAUCGAGACGUAAUGUGUCCUCCACGAUGGGGUCCCGUUUCC